AAGAACUGGAAGCGAGAUUUCGAUUUUCCCAACUCGACGGCGGCCACAAUAAUGUUAAAGAGCUACACGGUGGCACUUCUGCGAUUGACAGUAUAGCAGCGUACGGAGCGACCUGAAAGCAAACACACGGGGACAACAAGAGUAAUCGUUAGCCUAGUGGAACCACAACACCGGAGGAGCGGACGGAAGAGGGAACCAUGAUGACGGAAAAAAAAAUCACACAACUUUGACGUUUUCCCAGUUUUCUAGUGAAAAAGACGACCCCUCGUAGUGUCGGGUUCUGUGCUGCACCUUAUUUUCGUAUAUGGGUCCGUGAAUCCUCUGUGCCCCCAGUGGAAGAAGGAUUAAGCUUCUGAUGGUGAAUAAAGAAAAAACGCGUCAAACGCAGAAGAAUUCAGAAGUUCCGUGACAGAAGAGAAUCUCCCUGAAGAAGAACGAAAAAAAAUGUAGGUGUGUUUCGCCGAUGAAGACGAACGGAAGACGCAGGAUAAGACGGGGAUUAUACGCUUUAAAUUGCAGGAAAUGCCAGCAGGAACCCGAGCGAGAUGAAGAAAUUGCGUUGAAAAGUGGGUUGGUCGCGGUUCGUUCCGGAAGCUGCUGAGGCGAAGUAUAAAAAUGACGGCGGCGGCGACGACGGGAGUGCAAAGUUUAUUACGAUUGAUUUUUCGCUUCCGGCACACGGGUGGGGACAAGAGGUCCUGUCCGCCAAUGUGACAGUUUCGCGGAAUGGAAGUUCGUUUCUUGAAUUGAGCUGAAUGGUGCGUGAUUUUAUUGGCCAAAGGCCCGAAAAAGAAAUCCAAUUGAAACGUUGUCGAGUGUCUAGUGAUAGAGUGCAAAGAGUAGUAAAAAAAUUCUGAUUGCUACUCGUAAUUCGGAUGCUUAAAUUUUUAAAUCACUACCGAGACCAAUGAUGGUUCAUGAUUCUGUGAUUCUGCUCUGCGGCUGCAUCUCACGAGAAGAGUUUGACUGGAAGUAAAUCUGUACUCUUUACAGUGAUUUCUGAGGUCUAAAUUCGUGAUUGAAAUCGUCCGAAAGGAAGGCGCGGAACGUUUCUGGGUUACGCUUACUGGAUAAGAUGAAAAUGGUGAAUAAAUAGGCAAGGAGUUGGCUGUGUGACACAGAGGAUCAAAGCUUAGUAGUGGAUGGUGUUUCUUAAGCGUUUGUGUGUAGACACGGCCAGAAGAGGGUGCGAAAGAGACGUGCACGGUGAAGAGUAAUCUGAAGCUGUUGUUGGAGUGGCAUUUCCCGCUGGACCAACUUGCCGGAGAAGCUGCAGAGAUGCCAGUUGGCGGAAAGGAUAACCUCUUGAUUGGGUCUACAUUACAAAAGAUCAUAUUUCAACGCGCCAAAGCUGAGCUGUGUUUGAAUUGAUAACAAGUGCAGAAGACGAUACACACUCGCAAAAAGAACUACAUAUAACGGACAGCGGUCUUUAUUGGGGCCUACUACCGUCACCCUUACUCCAUCAUCCCCCUGUGCAGUAAGGCAAAACGAAUCACCAGUCGACGUCGCCAGUUGGUUCCAAAAAUAGAAGCCGCCACUGGAAGGAGCCUUCUGGCAAGUGCUCCACCCAUACUCCCCACCCACGCGUCAGGACCGAGUCGGGUGACCUUUUUUCGUUUUCCUUUCUGGAAGACAGACUGUCCGAAAGGGAACGGGAGAGUAUUACCGAAGUCAUCGCUGUCGCCGCCGCGUAAUCCUCGCGGUUUUGGUGCAGAAGAAACACCAAGAAGAAAGAAAAAGAUUUGUGGGUAGGUGGAGGUUUUCCCGAAGGCACGUUCCGGGUGAACGGCACCGAAGACGAAACCUUUGCCGGCGAGAAAGUAGAAUCGACAACCCCGUCGAAUGGGGCACCAAGUGAUAGGUUAAUUAUAGUGGCAUUUAUUUAUCCGGAAGCGGCUCUUAUCAAGUAACGAAAUUGUCAAUUGAGACAAAGUGCUUCUGAGUACCUUCUGGGUAGCGGGGAAAAGAAGAAUCAGUGUGGGAUAAAGUGAGUGUUUUAUGUUUUUGGUUCGUCCAGUUUUUACGACAUGCAGUAUAAGAACAGUAAAAGUUUAGUGAUUAUGCGAUGACCAGUGCGAAAUAAAGACACUGACUGUGCUUCCUAUCUAUGAAAUCGUGUGCAAUACAAUCCAGCGAUUAGACGCAACGUGUUGAAAGCAGUGCGGUUAACGCAAUUACCGAAACUAUCCCCCACGAAAAAUAACCAUCAUCAAUGCAUAGUGAGGAUGAUCUAAUUGCUCGUACUCACAAACAGCAAACGACUCAGCAAAUCACGACGGUAACGAAAGUCGUGCGCGAGGUGAAGCAGUUGGGACCGGAUGGGCAACCGUUUGAUUAUGUAGCAAUGCCUCUCGAAAUGGGACCCGAUGGACAACCGAUCGAUUACGUGUCGAUGCCGAUGGGAAUCUACACGACUCGGUCGCAAUACAUGAACUACAAUCAUCUGGAUCAGCAGGAACAGAUGGCCGCGGCAGCAGCCGCUUCGCAAUCACAUAUGGCACCCGGUGGAAAGAACAUGGCAGGACCCGGAGACAAGGGACAGUACCAGACGCACUAUCAAGACUACGAGCACUAUUCACAGUAUACGGAUUCCGGCUAUGAUCCAGCCGGUGUGCAUCAUCCGCCUCAUCCGCAGUCCUACCUCGGAGAAUAUCAGAUUAAUGACCGCUCGACGCCUCACAACUCGAGUGAAAACAGCGAAUCCUCGAUACCACUCCCCAUGAACGUGCCUCAGAUGGGAAAUCCAUCGGCCAAUCUCCUACCACCGGGUUACAUGCAGGGACAGUAUGACGAAAUGGGUGAAUACGUAAUAGCACCAUCUCCCGGAGGUCCAGUGGAUCGCCUUUAUCCGGACAACCCUUCGGCAAUGGUCUACGGGUAUGUGUCAACUCCCCCGUACGGAACGAUCAGUUCUCACGGCCACAUGGAUCCAUCCGGUGCCGGCGAACCAACGUACGCCACAAAACAACUUGCCUAUGAAGCAGCCAGUGCCAGCCAGAGAGGUGUCCCUCCAGAAGGUGCCUGCUAUUAUGAUGGCGAGGAUGAUCUCCCACAGCACAUGCAAAACCUGCAAAUCCAUAACCACGUCUUUCUGCAGCAUCACAUCAUUACCUCUCCAGGAGGCAAUAAUCGACCAGGAGGAGGAGGGCCCGAAGGUCCCGAUCUCGAAGAUCAACGCCAAAUGAAAUGGCGAGAUCCCAACCUCACCGAAGUGAUCGGUUUCCUCAGUCAUCCAAACAACGCCAUCAAAGCCAAUGCUGCCGCUUAUCUACAGCAUCUGUGCUACAUGGAUGACCCAAACAAACAGCGAACACGAACCCUCGGCGGUAUUCCUCCGUUGGUCAAACUUCUAGGUCAUGAAAAUACCGACGUGUACCGAAAUGCUUGUGGUGCCCUGCGGAAUCUAUCCUACGGUCGACAGAACGACGAAAACAAACGUGCAAUCAACAGUGCCGGAGGCAUCCAGGCACUGAUUCACUUGCUCCGGCGGACCUCCGAGUCCGACAUCAAGGAACUGGUGACCGGAAUCAUCUGGAAUAUGUCCUCGUGUGAAGAUCUGAAAAGGUUCAUCAUCGACGAUGCGAUCAUAGUGAUUGUGUCGUACAUUAUCAUUCCGCACUCGGGUUGGGAUCCGACGAACCCGGGUGAAACCUGCUGGAGUACCGUGUUUCGUAACGCGUCCGGCAUUUUGCGGAACGUGAGUUCCGCCGGAGAGUAUGCUAGGAAAAAGUUAAGAGAAUGCGAAGGUCUAGUGGAUUCGCUGCUUUACGUGGUCCGGAUAGCGAUCGAAAAGUCGAAUAUCGGUAACAAAAUAGUGGAAAACUGUGUCUGUAUACUGCGGAAUCUGUCCUACCGGUGCCAAGAGGUGGAAGAUCCCAACUAUGACAAGAAUCCCAUUCCACACUAUAGCAGCGCGGAUGGCUCGCAUGGCAAUGCGAUUGUGAGUGCGGCGUCCUCGAAGGGCGAGAACCUCGGUUGUUUCGGUGCCAGCAAGAAGAAGAAGGAACAACAGGCCGCGGCGGCUGCGGCCCAGCAGGCAGCCGAUGCGAAGGAUCAUUCUACUUCGAAUGGAGAUCCGGCCCGGAUGGCCUACAAAAAUACGGCGCACUAUAAGGGUGCGGAGCAGCUGUGGCAGCCCGAUGUUGUACAUUCCUAUCUUGCCUUACUGCAGAGUUGCUCCAAUCCGGAAACGUUGGAAGCGGCGGCCGGUGCGUUGCAGAAUCUGGCGGCUUGCUACUGGCAACCGAGCAUAGAGAUCCGCGCAACGGUGCGGAAGGAGAAAGGCCUGCCGAUCCUGGUGGAGCUGCUGCGGAUGGAGGUGGACCGGGUGGUGUGUGCCGUGGCGACCGCCCUGCGGAAUCUAGCUAUCGACCAAAGAAACAAAGAAUUGAUCGGAAAGUACGCGAUGCGAGAUUUGGUCCAGAAGUUGCCAUCGGGUAAUCCUCAGUGCGAUCAGGGAACCUCGGACGAUACGAUCGCUGCUGUAUUGGCAACGCUGAACGAAGUCAUUAAGAAGAAUGCGGAAUUUGCUAGGUCCUUGAUGGAAGCCGGAGGCGUCGAGCGAUUAAUGAACAUGACGAGACAACGGCUAAAAUACACGCCAAGGGUGCUUAAAUUCGCCGGUCAACUAUUGUUCACCAUGUGGCAACACCAGGAACUGAGAGAUAUGUAUAAGAAGCAUGGCUGGAAGGAGCAGGACUUUGUGACAAAAACGAUCGCCUCGCGGAAUGUGAACAGUAGCAACGGUGGCAGUUAUAGUGACAACUCGCCCAAUUCACCCAACAACACACUGAACCGUCCGAUGGCCUCCCAAGGUGGAACCAGAUACGAAGAUCGAACCAUGAAGCGGCAGCAAGCGUCCAACAAUGGCGGUCAAGCAAUGUCUCUGCCUCCGAGCGACGGAACCGUCAAGAUGGGCAGAUGAAUCUACCAAGAAGCACAAUCCGAUCUAGCAGAGUAGACAGAAGAACAGGAGAGUAGCUAAACAACAAACACUACACCACCACCACCUAAAAACACAACUUUCCAGUCAAAAUUAGGACACGGCGUGCGCAGCUAUUGUACAAGUAGCAUCUCUUUCUAUUUAGGAAAAAAACACUCAAAUUGAAACACUGAAACAGGUACACCCUCCCAUCAGCUGAUGCCACCUGGUGGAGUUCGGUUAGUCUUUUAGGCACUGGGGCAAACCUACUUCCCACACUUUUUGUGUAUUUUACACACAUGGAAGGAUUGUUCUUUCCCGCUGAGAAGAAAAAACACUAGGGGAAUCAAACUGACUCAAGGAGUAACGUAUAGCGACCAGAAAUGGGGGUAUAUUACGAAAACUGAAAUAUACCACAAGCUUAUAAGCAGUAAAGUGGCAGCAAAUGACAGCUCAGUAAGUAGCAGCUAGAAGCAAAACACAAAAAAAAACGGCAGAUCGAACGAUAAAAGUCGUAGAGUAGCUUACACAACACGAAAACAGAAAACUGAAAGUUAAUAUAUUGGAAUCCUUCCACCAUCACACACACUAAUGCUAAUAUUCCUAUUCGAUUAGAGCUCUUGAAAGAAGCGGUAACUCGACAGUUUCACUAGCACUCAAAAUUGAAAUGUUCAGCUUACAAAGGUUCAUUGCGUUUACGUUUUGCCUAUAAUUUGAAAUGUUUCUCGGAACAAUGCUUAGAUUGCAGGUCUUGUAGUGAAUGAAAUCACAGUCGACGUAAUUCAGCGCUGAUCAUUUGGCUAAGAAACAUGUAAUAAGUAAGAGAAGCUUACAGAACUACCACACAGAAUCUAGAGGACACAUCGAAACUCUUUGGAAAAACUGUUCUAUAAACAAAGGUUUUAUUAA